AUGGAGUUGGUCGAAGCUGAUAGAGCGGCAGUAACACCCUUGAAGGGUACUGAGGAUGACAUAUCUAUAGUUCCAUUGACAGCUACGUCAACAGUGACGGGAGCUGGAAACGCAAAAAUAUUUAGUGGGCCUGCAUCGCCUCUCCCUAGAGGACCUGCUUCCGUCAAAAGCUUUACUGCUCUGCCACCAAUUGUUGAGGAUAAUCAAUACCACCAGCAUUCUCAUCCCCUCUUCCCUCCCCUGCCAGAAUACAUAUCACCUUCCGUCUUUCACGAGGAUUCAGUGGCACGCGUUGCGCGCCGUUUCAUUCUGCCUGUCUUUGGCUUUCCUCACUGGCAUCGAGCUGGCAGCAUCUGUCAGAUCCUCAGCUCCGGUAUCAGAGGAGAUGCCGAGGAGCGCAAUGUGGGCGUUGCCAAAGCUCCCUUCGAGCCGUUAGAUGGUGGCCAAGACUCUCUUGUUCGUGACAUUCCCUACUAUGCCAGUCGGGUUGGGCUGGAUGCAGAAACCUAUAGAGUUCAGACAGAAGAUGGCGCGGAAUACGCGCCAUUAGCCUCCGGUGAUAGGAACUGUAUAGGCCCUCCAAGUGCCUUACAGACACCGAGAUCUAACCCACAGAGCUCCUCUGCUGAUGGUGGCAGGAGAUAUCCUAUUCUUAUGCUCCCAGGUCUGUUGCAGAGCGCCGGUGCGUUUUGUGUCAACGAUGACGAUAGCCUUGCCUUCUUCCUGGCCAACUCAGGUUACGAUGUCUGGCUGGGCGGCAAUCGUUACGGCUUCCAUCCCGAGCAUAUCUCCCUGACUCCACCCGAUCCACGCUUCUGGUCCUGGACCAUCAGGGAUAUGGCAACCUUUGACCUGCCAGCCCUCAUCACACGUGUCUUGUAUGAGACUAACUUCCCGAAACUAGAAGUCAUCGGUCACUCUCAGGGCGCAGCAGAGACAUUCCUCUCACUGUCUAAACAUAUCCAGCCGUCACUCGGUUCCCAAAUCAGUAUCUUCUGCGCAUUCUCCCCAGCCGCCUACUCUGGUCCUCUCCUCAAAAAACUCUACCUGAAAUUCAUGCGCCUGAUCCCUUCGACUGCUUUUCGGCUUAUCUUCGGCAUUCACGCAUUUAUCCUUUUCACUCUUACCGUUCACACUUUCCGCCCAGCUCCUUUCCCCAUUUACGCGAGCGCGGAGUGCAUGCAUUGGUGGCUAGGUAGGGGCGACUUUGCGGACCACGGAUGCAUCCUGAGCACGAGGGAGCAAUUGGCUCAAGAGGCCAAGGAAGAUGCGCGCGACGAGGUAGGUGUCGUAGAGAAGAAGGUGGAGGAUGGGUUGAGUGCUGUCGGACUCGCGCUUCCGACUGAUGUAGAUGCUGGUGUAGCGAAUGCGGCUUCGUACGAUGACCGUGUUCCGCCCAUAGCUCUUUGGAUUGCAGGAUCGGAUCUGUUAAUUGAUGGCAUUCGAUACAUGUAUAAAUCCGUAUCUGAGGAGUUCUAUCUGAUUGUCGCCCUUAACCGUGACAAUGCGACAAAUAACCCUCACAGGAUUGCCAGCAACAUCAUGCAACGGGCGAAUGUCCUGGAAACGCAAAAAGUGAGAGCUGUUCUCGCUGCAAUUGUAGCAGAGAUGAAAGCUUUCGAUUCGGGGGAGGACGACUCCAGCCCAUUCUUCACGACGUUUGGCGUUGGCGUUUGCGCUGAGAAUGAGGACGAUGAUGAGGGACAGACAGACUGGAGGGUCUCAACCACCAUCGCGCCCAACCCAAGAUCCCGUCCCAACUAUGCGACUCCUCUGGCGAAGAUGAUUGGACGAGGAUCUGCCGCUUAUGGACUUCACUUUUAG